UGGUGGACUGACCUGAAACAAUCACAGAAAAACACUCUGUUUUGUUUUUUUGUUUUUUUCUUUUGGUGUUUUUCCCCAGUCCUGGUUGACGUCCACUCCACUCUGCAGCGACACCUCAUCCGUCCACAUACAUAAAAAUGUUCCUGUAUGUCCUGGGCCUCGUCGCUGUUUGGUUCAUCUAUCGCUGGUUGAAGGAAACCCAAAGGGUCCCCAACAAGGAAGAUAAAUAUGUCUACGUAACCGGCUGUGACAGUGGUUUUGGGAACCUUCUGGCUCGACACCUGGACAAGCUGGGUUUCCGUGUGGUUGCUGCGUGUUACACUGAGAAAGGCGAGGAUGAGCUGAAGAAGAUGACCUCUGACAGACUGACAACCAUCCACCUCGAUGUGACCGACUCAGAAAGUGUCAAAAAAGCAGCAGCUGUUAUUGAAACUCUGGUUGGACAGAAGGGAUUGUGGGCUGUCGUAAACAACGCCGGCGUCGCUUUUCCGUCCGCCCCCCACGACUGGCUCAAGAUAGACGACUACAAGAGCAUGCUUGCGGUCAAUCUCCUCGGCGUCAUCGACGUGACUCUGAGCGUCCUCCCUCUGAUUAAAAAAGCCAAAGGGAGAGUGGUGAAUGUGGCCAGUGUGUUUGGGAGAAUCAGUCCGUUUGGUGGAGCCUAUUGUGUGUCCAAGUACGGCGUGGAGGCCUUCAAUGACAGUCUGCGACUUAACAUGGCACCAUUUGGAGUCAAAGUGUGCUGCAUUGAACCAGGGUUCUUCAAAACAAACGUGACUAAUAAAACCCUGGUAAAAAAUAAUGUGAACGAGCUGUGGGACAGAUUACCUCAGGAGAUGAAGGACGACUAUGGAGAGGAAUACCUGAAGAUAUUUUAUGAGUCUAUGGAUCAGAGGUUUAAGCAGCUGAUUGACGCAGACCUGAUGAAGGUGGUCAGCUGUAUGGAGCACGCCAUCUCCGCCGUUCACCCUCGGACCCGUUACUCUCCAGGAUGGGACGCCAAGACCAUCUGGCUGCCGCUGUCGUACAUGCCGACCUGGAUCACGGAUGGAUUUUUCCUUAAAUACAGCCCCAAACCAAAAGUGUCGACACUGAAGUGAGGGGUUGUGUUGUAUGUUUAUGUCUGUGCCUUAUUUUCACUGUAAAACCUGUGAAAACAUGAAACACACAAGUCCUGUACUCUAAUAAAAUAAAAACGUCUAGGUAAUAUUAAAGCCUCCAAUUUGUCUCCAGAUCUGCUCUAUUAGUGACCUUUGACCCUUGCCUUCCAGAUCACAGUAAACCCUUUAAAUCAUUCACUAAACUAUCUUUUCUGUCUUACAGUCCCUACUCAACAUUUGUCUUUUAUUGACUUUUUUUUUUUUUCUUUUCACCUUAACAUUCACUCGGCCUUUAUGAUCAAAUAAACAGUCGUCAGUUCUCUGUAA